UACUUUUUACGUACUUGUUACCGGUUUAAAAGUAUUUACUCAAGAUAUAAAAGUGAAAGUGUAGCGAAAAUAAAUCCUAAUCGUAAGGAAAAGUCGAUCUUAAAUGCUUGUGAUCCGGCAAAUUACGAAAUAUUCCUUAAAAUAUUCUAAAAAGUUGUAAAGUUCAGUUAACAGAUUUAGUGAAAAACUCACUAGAUUACAGACAUAAAAAUUAGGUUUCGUGAUUUACUCAUUAAUUAGUUAAAACUACAAGAAGUAAUUUGUAAAUUUCGUGUUGAGUCAUUAUUACAUGCUAUGUAAUAAACCUUAAACUACAACAUUACGAAGCUGUGAAAUCGUAAGACGGACGUACAAGCCACGAAAUGAUGGACAAAUUGAAAUGUUUUUGGUCAAAAACCAAUCGUUGGCAUCGCGUGAUUGCUCUGUUUGUACUUGUGGAGUUAAAAGUGUUGCCCGGAGGUCAAUUAGGCUUUCAAUGCAAUGACCCGGCACUCUCACACCCCUUCACUGGAGACACAAUUAGUUGGAAGUGGUUGAUGGGUAUUACUUUACUUCUGCCGUUGGUUAUUAUGUUAAUAGUUGAGAGACAAUGUAAUGGAAGCGAAAAAAAUUAUUUAAACAAGAAGAAUGCAUUAUGUUGGUACAAGGAGUAUGUAUAUGGUGUCCUGAUCAAUUUAACAGUCAUACAGACUUUGAAAUUAAUUGUUGGUUCUCCGAGACCUCACUUCUUUGAUACAUGCCAACCUGAAGAAGCGAUCACUUGUGUUGGUUCGGAAUAUAUAUCUAGUUACACAUGUACCAAGGCGUAUUGGCUCAGCCAGUCGGAUAAGAGCUUUCCCUCCGGACACACUUCUCUAGGAUUACAUGCUGCAUUAUUCAUAGCGUACUACCUACAUCGUCGUGGGGCUAGUGUGGGUAGAGGUGCAGUGGGGGUUGCACAGAUAGUGUGUGUAUUGUCUGCGGUGUGGUGCGGCUUGUCACGAGUACAGGACCGGAGGCACCACUGGUGGGAUGUACUUGCCGGAGCAAUCAUCGCUGCACCUAUAUUACUCUAUACGGUGAGUGUCAAUAGUCCACUGUUCUUGUUCAUUUGA